AUGCAGGAUUCGCGUCUUGCCUCACCAAAACGCCGACGAGACGACCAAGACGAUUAUGAAGAUGGGCCGCCCCGCAAACGCUCCGCAUCCCACACUCCACCACCCACCUCUCCCAGCUACCGCAUCGCCGAACGCCCUGCACGCCGCUACAGCAGAAAUGAGAGCGACGAUGAACGAUACUACCACGACCGACGGCAGCAAUCCACCUCUCGCUCUCCCUCGCGCUCCGCUUCCCCCCCACCAAAGCCCACCUCUCUCCACUACGUGCCCAAACUCGUCCUCCACGGCCACAAAAAGGGCAUAUCUUGUCUAAAGUUUUCCCCGGACGGAACACGCAUUGCCAGCGCCAGUGCCGACUGCACCAUAAAAAUAUGGUCCUACCCGUCCGGCAGCCUCGAACACACGCUAGAAGGCCACCUCGCGGGCAUCAACACGCUGUCCUGGUCGCCCGACUCCAAAAUCCUAGCCUCGGGCUCCGACGACAAAAGCAUACGUCUCUGGGACACGACCACGGGUCUUGCCCAUCCUACCCCCUUCAUCGGCCAUCACAACUACGUCUACUCGAUUGCCUUUAGUCCAAAGGGCAACAUGCUCGUCUCCGGUUCCUACGACGAAGCAGUCUACGUCUGGGACGUGCGCGCCGCUCGCGUCAUGCGCUCCCUACCUGCGCACUCGGACCCCGUCGGCGGCGUCGACUUUGUCCGCGACGGCACCCUCAUCGUCUCGUGUUCGCACGACGGCCUCAUUCGCGUCUGGGACACGGCAACCGGCCAGUGUCUGCGCACACUGGUCCACGAGGACAACAAGGCGGUCACGAGCGUGAUUUUCAGCCCCAAUGGCCGCUACGUCCUCGCCUGGACGCUGGACGGCUGCAUCCGUCUGUGGGAUUAUGUCGAGGGCAAGGGCAAAUGCGUAAAGACGUACCAAGGACACGUCAACGCGCGAUACUCACUCAGCGGCGCAUUCGGCACCUACGGGGCCAGUAGCACUUCAAACCGCCGUGCAGGCAGCAGAAACGGGUCGGCAAAACCAGCAGAAUACGCAUUCAUUGCCUCGGGCAGCGAGGACGGCGAAGUCGUGAUUUGGGAUGUUAGCUCCAAGAAUAUUUUACAGAGACUGGAUGGCCAUGAUGGCGCCGUGUUGAGUGUGGAUACGCAUCCGACGGAUAAAAUGCUGGUGAGCGCGGGUUUGGAUGGCGUGGUUAGAUUGUGGGAACUUGGAAGGGAGGGGGUGGGUGGGCAUCGAGAUGAGGGCCGUGGACAUGAUCAAGAGGCCCGUACAGAUGGCCCUGACGACGAGGCCCGCACAAACGGCCAUGACAAGGAUGCCCACACAAAUGGCCAUGAGGGUCUCCAUACCAACGACCACGCAAAUACCCCUGAUGACCCCAGUCACAGCCCGCAAAUCAGUCACAGAACAAAAGGAGAUGCCACGCGUACAUUCGAUCCCGACAUUCUGCCUCCGAAUCCCUUCAUGCAGAAUUAG